GGAAGGAAGGUCUGGAACGUUGGGGGGGGGGGGGGCAGAUUCCGCUCCCGAGGCAGAGCCUAGUCACGCCCACAGGAGGGGUGUGGCCCGUUCGGGUAACGGGGCGAGCGAAGGGCUAAUGGGUGGUCGCCUGCGAAGAGAAAUGGAAUUUUCUUGGCCCAAAGGAGAAUGAAAAGUGGUUUCAUGAGACCAAAGGAGGUGCUAAGGUUUUUGGAGAGAUAACAUUGCAACAAUAAAGAAUUGUUGGCAACUGAAGAUUUGCUUCUUGUUGCUUGAAUAUUGGUUUUCAUUGGAAAUUUAACUAUGCCCCUCAUUCAGCAUGGAAUCUGGCACUUUCUCUAAGAGCAAUAUAAUAAAUUGAGGAAUAAGGUUCUAGGACAGCAAGUUCAUAAUGUUCUAUUUUAGCCUGGAUUUAGUGCAGUAAUGUUCUAACUGUUUUUUGAAGCACAACGUACAUGUAUGCAACUACUUCAAAGGAUGGAAAAAGAAAAAAAUACCUAUAGUGUGCCUGGCACAAUAGCAUCUGAGUGCCUGGAUGUAGAGACCCUUAGCAAUGUCGGUGGAGAGAGAAGUGAAGGUGAUGCACAGAUGUUUUGGAGGCAAAUGGAAGAUGGAAGAGUGGACUUCAUAUUUGAGCAGAUGCAAAAUGUAUUGCUGUCACUGAAACAAAAAAUCAAGGAUGGAACUGCAACAAAUGAAGAGCACCUAAAGAAGGCCUCUCUCCUGAUGGUACUAAGGAGGACACUGAGCUGCAGCCGGAACCAGAAACAGAGGAUCGUUGACUCCCAGGAGGUAAACUGCUGCUCCUAUACUCUUGACGGAAUAAUCAGGAAAUGCUUCCAAGCUUUGAUGCUGGCCAACAGAGCUGACGUAAGCAAUCUCUUAGCAUUGAAAAAUGUAAAUGAGGUGACGACUAAAGAUGGGAUGCUGAGAAGCAAGCCUAAAUUACAGCAUUCUAUAUCGGAUGAAAGUACAACAGGUUUUCCUUUGAAAAUGGAGGUGAAAGAAAAAUCACUGUCAGGAAGUGAAACAAGGGAGUUACCAUGUAGUGAAACAAGGGAGUUACCAUCAAAGCUAUGUUACCAGAAUCACGACUGUUCUAAUAUAUGUCUUGCCAACAGACCACUGACCUCAUACAAGGGGGAAAACCCUCUUAAAAUACCAAUCCUGUGUCAUUUCCAGAGACGACAUGCAAAAGCAGACUCGCUUUCAAAGUCACUUGAUGUGAAUUAUAAGGCGCCUUGUGGGAAGAGUCUGAGAAACUUUCAAGAUGUGCAAAAUUACUUGUUUGAAACAGAGUGUAACUACUUAUUUGUCGAUCACUUUUCUUUCAACACAUAUGUACAGCUGGGCAGAAACACUCUGAACCGAGAAGCACUUGUAUUUGAUUUUGAUAUCAGCAAUGGAGCUGAGUCUGUGCCCAUUUCCUUCUGUAAUGAAGUUGACCACACAAGAUUACCCUAUUUUAAGUACAGGAAGGCCUCAUGGCCACGUGGGUACUAUCUGAACAACCUUUCCAGCAUGUUUCUUGACUCAUGCAACUGUACAGAUGGCUGCACAGAUAGGUCAAAAUGUGCAUGCCUGCGUCUAACUGCAAAAGGCUGCAGUGAAAAUUCUGCCUCACCAAGUAACAGAGCAGCUUAUGGUUACAGAUAUAAACGAUUGGAUGGACCUGUCCCCAGUGGAAUUUAUGAAUGCAACUUAUCAUGCAAGUGUGACAGAAUAAAGUGUCAGAAUAGAGUAGCACAGCAUGGCGUCCAGGUGCGGUUGCAGGUGUUCAAUACAGAACGGAAGGGCUGGGGUGUCCGCUGCCUAGACGAUAUUGACAAAGGAACAUUUGUUUGCACUUAUUCAGGAAGGUUAAUGAGCAGAGCUGAUCCUCAGGAAAUGAGAAAUGUCGAUCGUGAGGAUGAAAAGGAUACUGUAAAUAACAAAAGUCCCAGCUCACUUUCAAUAAAGAGAAAACUGGAUGCUGCUUGUUCAGAUUCUGAGAUCGAACUUGUUCAAACGGGUAAAGACAACAUUAACCGGAAAUGCGAAUCCUUGUCCCAGCCUGUGGAUGAUGAAUAUAAACCAGUUGUGGUUCAGAACUAUGGCUAUAAUCCAAGGAAUCUGAGAAGCCCAGCCAUUAGGCCUAAAACCAGAACAACUAUUCUUCAGACUCGUCGUAUAAAACUGGGAGUUGCUACACUGGUGCAGGAUGCCAGCUCGGAUGAAGAUAAUAGUUCUCAGUCCCAGCAGUCAACCAAAAUGAAACUAACAACUGGAACCAAAAAAGGAAAGGAAAAAUCCAACCCGGAGCAAAAGCUAGGAGAACCAGAGGAGGCCAUGCAGACUGAGCCAAUGAUCACAGAUAAUGCAGAAGCUAAAGAAAAAAGACCAUCUCCACAAGAUGCUAGGUGUGGUAAAUCAGCACAUGCUACAAAACCGUCCAUAAGCCUACCACAAAGAGAUAUCUUCAAAGAGGAAAAAAUUAGGAGGACCAAAGAAGAUUCUAUUUGUAAUAUGGAGACAGAAGGUGAUGACACACAGAUGAAGAAUUCUAAGGAAGAAAAUAUUUUUUUAUUGGAUGCCACAAAAGAAGGAAAUGUGGGCCGAUUUCUUAAUGGCACCGUUGGGUCAGCGGCUUCGGCAACGGUUAGUGAGCAUGCGCAGAUGGCUGGUACAUGCUCAGUCCCAGGGAAUGAGCCGGGUCCAUCCGACACUCUCCCCGUCGGGCACGCCCAUUUUCUGGCCCCUCCCCCGACCCUUCGGGAGUUUCCAGGAUCCUGCCCUGUGUUGAGGCAGACGCAGCAGCUCAGGCGGCGAAUCAUUGUCCCCUCCCUCCGCCCACGUCUUUGUCCAAGUGGCUUCCAGAUAAUGGAGAAGAUGGUGAAAAGAAAGUGUGCAUUUUGUCCAGCAGAUGAAGAAUGUGCCAUAAUGUACAUUGCAGAAAAGCAAAAUCUUGCAGUUCAUCAAGAUUGUUUGUUGUAUUCCUCAGGAUUUGUAGAAUCUGAAGAGCAUAACCCAGAGAAUCAGGAGACAAGGUUUGAUGUGGCCUCAGUUCAGGAUGAAAUCAGAAGAGGAAAGCGGCUGAUGUGCAACUUCUGUCGCAAGAAAGGAGCCACUGUGGGGUGUGAGAUAAAAAACUGCCGCAGGAGUUAUCACUACUUUUGUGCACUGUGUGAUGAUGCAGCAUUAGAAACUGAUGGAGGGCAAGGAAUUUACCGAGUGUUCUGUCCAAAACAUGACCCAGGCAUAAGGACCAAUCAUUAUGAUGCAGACAAUAAGAGGAAUAGGAAUGGAAUGAAAUCUUCCGCCUUCACGGAAAAAAUGAGCACUGAAGAGACAGCAGCAGAAAAUAGUUUACGUCUUUUAAGGAAAAAACAUAACAAACACAAAGGAAAAAUAGACUUUUUUAGGAAGUGCAAGCAGGCUGGACUCCUGGAUGGCAUAUUUAAAGAGAUGCUAGACACACUUCAACUUGCAAAGGAAAAACUGAUGGAUGACAACACUUCUGAAACAGAAUACGAGGAAACAGUAAUAUCACUUUUUGACUGUAGCCUGUUUGAAAAUGUACUUACAAAUGUUCAUUCAGGAACAGAGAAAAAACUUCAGGAGCUUCUGGAAACACGGAAAAAACUGGAUACCCAGAUUGAACUACUGAAAGAUUUAAAAGAAGUCAUUCCUUUCCAGGAAAAUAUAGCUAGUGCAUCUAGUUCAGUGUCUGAAUAACCAAUACUUACUUCUCUCUAUAUCAAUUCCAUAUUAAAGAUUUUCUACUCAUG